AUGUCUGAUUUACACUCGUCAUCAUCUUUCGUCGACUAUGUACUGCAAAUGGGUUUUCCAUUUUUAGCUCUUCAACUUGCAUAUCAAGCUACAAAGUCGCACGAUUCAAACAUCUUACUCGAAUACAUUUUGACACACGAAAAUGAAAUUCAUAGAAAAAAUACUAACGAACCUAAUGCAAUAUAUCUCGUGAACCCAGUUGUUCAAAAAUUAGCCGAACUUGGCUUUUGCAAAAGCUCGGUUGAAUUAGCACAAAGAAAAACUAAAUCCAACGAUUUACAGGUCUUAAUUGAAUCGAUAUUACGUCAUGAUUCACCAGAAGAACAUAUAUCAGCCAUAUUAUCACCUCAAAUUACUACUAAUCAAGUGAUAAUGACAACCAAAGAACAAGAAUUACAUAAGAAAAUCGAUAAUACCUUAUUAAAUGAUCUUUUAAAACUUGAUUUUGAUGUAAAUGACAUUGAAAAUUGUUUUAUUGAUUUAAACGUCAAUACAACAACAAAAAUUAAUACAAAAACUAAACGAAUUGAAGAGUAG